UCUCUCUCUAGUUGAAGAUUAGAACAGAGCUUCUCUUUAUCUGAGCUGAAAACACACACACCUAGUGACAAACACAAAGAUCACACACAAAAAACAUCAGAAUCAAAAUCCUAAGCAGCGAAGAUGUCUUGGCAGACCUACGUUGACGAUCAUCUCAUGUGCGAUAUCGAAGGCAACACCCUCACCUCCGCCGCCAUAAUCGGCCACGACGGCAGCGUCUGGGCCCAGAGCUCCUCAUUCCCUCAGUUGAAGCCUGAGGAAAUAGCAGGUAUGAUGAAGGAUUUUGCUGAGCCGGGUUAUUUGGCCCCAACUGGCUUAUACCUUGGAGGAACAAAAUACAUGGUUAUCCAAGGGGAACCUGGAGCUGUUAUACGAGGGAAGAAGGGACCUGGUGGUGUUACUGUUAAAAAGACCAAUCUGGCAUUGAUCAUCGGAAUCUAUGAUGAGCCAAUGCCGCCGGGCCAAUGCAACAUGAUUGUCGAAAGGCUUGGUGAUUAUCUCAAUGAACAGGGUUUUUGAUUGCUGUGUGAAAUUUUAAUACAAGUGUGGCAAAACUUCUUGUGAGAACAAGGUAUUUGAGGAUUGGGAAGUGCUAAGAGUAUGAUCUUUCUCAAGUUAAACUGUCUUGUCUUUGUAAUCUCCUUAUAAAAGUCUUAUUACGAUGAUUUCCAAGUGAGGCACUUACAUACUCUGGAGUGGGUUUUCUUUAAUGGAGUCUUUAUAUGAUUGAAGUCUCUGAUAAGUAUUAAUAUGUGGUUUGUGUAAUCAUCGCAAGUGGCAAUUGUUUGUUUUUUUUUCAACCUGAUUUUUUAUUCACUUGGGGUUGGCUUGGCUUGGCUUCA